AUCUGCUGCCUUUCCCGGGCGUCUCCCCGCAACCUCCUCAACUUCCCUAGUCCGUGACGCGGCGCCGGGCAGGAAUCCGAGCGGAGCGGGCUCGGGGAGCGUGAGCCGCGGGUGUGCGCCUCUCCGUGCGUCUCCGAGAGGACACUCUGUGGGGCUGGGACCGCGGGGCGACCGUGACCGAGGAAGAGCGUUAAAAGAAGAUGGAUGCACAGUGUUCAGCCAAGGUCAAUGCAAGGAAGAGGAGGAAAGAGGCGCCUGGACCCAACGGGGCAACAGAGGAAGAUGGGGUUCCUUUCAAAGUGCAGCGCUGUGCAGUGGGCUUACGGAAACCAGCUCCUUUUUCUGAUGAAAUUGAAGUUGACUUUAGUAAGCCCUAUGUCAGGGUAACUAUGGAGGAAGCCAGCAGAGGAACUCCUUGUGAGCGACCUGUGAGAGUUUACGCCGAUGGAAUAUUUGACUUAUUUCACUCUGGUCAUGCCCGAGCUCUGAUGCAAGCAAAGAACCUUUUCCCUAAUACGUACCUCAUUGUGGGAGUUUGCAGUGAUGAGCUCACACACAACUUCAAAGGCUUCACGGUGAUGAAUGAGAACGAGCGCUAUGACGCAGUCCAGCACUGCCGUUAUGUGGAUGAGGUGGUGAGGAAUGCGCCCUGGACCCUGACACCUGAGUUCCUGGCCGAACACCGGAUUGAUUUUGUAGCCCAUGAUGAUAUCCCUUAUUCAUCUGCUGGAAGUGAUGAUGUUUAUAAGCACAUCAAGGAGGCAGGCAUGUUUGCUCCAACACAGAGGACAGAAGGUAUCUCCACGUCAGACAUCAUCACCCGAAUUGUGCGGGACUAUGAUGUGUAUGCGAGGCGGAACCUGCAGAGGGGCUACACGGCAAAGGAGCUCAAUGUCAGCUUCAUCAACGAGAAGAAAUACCACUUGCAGGAGAGGGUUGACAAAGUAAAGAAGAAAGUGAAAGACGUGGAGGAAAAGUCCAAAGAAUUUGUUCAGAAGGUGGAGGAAAAAAGCAUUGACCUCAUUCAGAAGUGGGAGGAGAAGUCCCGAGAAUUCAUUGGAAGUUUUCUGGAAAUGUUUGGUCCGGAAGGAGCGCUGAAACACAUGCUGAAAGAGGGGAAGGGCCGGAUGCUGCAGGCCAUCAGUCCAAAGCAGAGCCCCAGCAGCAGCCCCACUCGCGAGCGCUCUCCCUCCCCCUCUUUUCGAUGGCCCUUCUCUGGCAAGACUUCCCCACCUUGUUCCCCAGCAAAUCUCCCCAGGCACAAGGCUGCAGCCUAUGAUAUCAGUGAGGAUGAAGAAGACUAAUUUUCCUCCCUCCUUUCCUCUCCUCUCCCUCUGUCCCAUGACCUUCGAAGCUCUCUGUUGAAUUCCAGACUGUGACCCCAACACUAAACCUAAGGACAGCUACAAAGGAAAGACAACUGGGGCAAGAGGACCCUGGACUGGGGGAACCAGAACAGCCUGUCCUCCAAGUGACAUCACUCGCCCACACAAAGGAGGGGCUGCACCUUAGAAGCCUGCUCUGCACCCAUUUACCCUCCCCGAGGGCUUUGUUUCACUGUUUGUGUUCACGUGAUCUCAACAGGGAAAUCGUCAUUUUUAUUACGUUUUUUUAAAAUUAGUCUUUCAAAUGUAGAACUAAUUUUUUGCCCGAGGAGUGGGCAGAAGAAGGAGGUAGUGUAAUACGCAGAGGCCUUUCCUUCCCAAUACACUAUAGCAUUUGCCUUCCGUUCUGAAGCGAAGUGGCUUGCCAAGUCCUUCACGAAAUGAGCCAUGCUGAUGGGUAAUCUGUGGAGAAAUAUCUUAAUUUUGAUUUCCUUAAGGAAAAGCUAACAGCCAAGUUACAGUCACAAAUCCCCUCAACGUACUGCUGUCACCAGUGUCAUUGUGGCUGUAGGAAGGAGAUCUGAGCCUAACUUGUCUCACUCUCUGAGGAGUUUCUUACUGGACCCAAUGGGGGCCAUGAAGACACUGACGGGGACGGAAGCAUGGCGUCAGCUGCAGUGUUUCUGCUGUGUUCAUCUUCUCAGAAAUUCUGUGUCUGCUGUGUUCAUCUUCUCAGAAAUUCUGUGACCCGGUUCUCUGGGAGCCUUUGUGAGUCUCUUUCCUGCCAUCUACCGUCAAAGGAAGGAACGCUUUUCGGGUUACGAGGAUGAGGAGAGGAGCGGGACAAUACUCAAUCCCAUGCCAAGUCAGUUGAGAUUCGUUUCCUACUGGGAGGAGGGCCUGGCCCUGCUACUCCUAUUUGAAUGUUAUUAACGUUACCUAGGCUUUUACAGAGGAUACUUUGUAAAUGUCUGCCGUUGGAACUUGAUGUCAAUCCCUUUUGGUAGUAGCCAUAUUGAAUAGAGAGAUUUGCACAGAAUGUAGAAGCAAAAGCAUAGGAAACACCUUCCUUUCUGAAGCAACAGCCUCAUCAUCUUGACCUCUGUCCCUCUUAAGAACAUUCUUCACUGGAACCAGAGCUCCACAGAGUCUUUCUUUUCCUCGGAGAGCCGCGGCUGGCAGGGACCUCCCUCCACCGCCCUCCAGCAAGCCACAGAGCAUGCCCUCACGGGACAAGAUGUGGUAGGUUUUCUCCUUUUCUCCCCACUUCUCACACACGCCUGGUGGUUGUGGUGCCAUCUCCAUGUUAGCUUGCCUGGGGGGAUUCAACAUUCCAAUCGAAGGAUGCUAACACCUAACACCUGUGCUCACGCCUAACACCUGCCCUCACGCCUAACACCUGCGCACACGCCUAACACCUGCCCCAACGCCCAACACCUGCCCCAACGCCCAACACCUGCCCCAACGCCCAACACCUGCCCUCACGCCCAACACCUGCCCCAACGCCUAACACCUGCCCCCACGCCUAACACCUGCCCCAACGCCUAACACCUGCCCUCACGCCCAACACCUGCCCCCACGCCUAACACCUGCCCUCACGCCUAACACCUGCCCUCACGCCUAACACCUGCGCACACGCCCAACACCUGCCCCAACGCCUAACACCUGCCCUCAUGCCCAACACCUGCCCCCACGCCUAACACCUGCCCUCACGCCUAACACCUGCCCUCACCCCUAACACCUGCCCUCACGCCUAACACCUGCUGUUGAGCAUGAUCUAACUUUCAAAGCCCUGGCCUCCUGUCUCCUUAGCUACUUAGCUACAUGGCCUAGCAGAUCAUCAGCCAUCAGUAAUCCUGUGGCUAGAUUCAGGGGAAAAUGGCUUCUGUCCAGGCCCCACCCCCUGUCACUCAUAAAUACCCCUUGUGGGGGUGGAGUUUUAGUGUUUUCAGCUAAGAAAACCACAUUUUCUCUUUUCUUGCCUCUCCGCUAGGACUGUGAGCAUCUCCUAGUCCAGCCCUUAAACACUUUCUGGUAACACCUGUUCUUCCACCUGAGGGUCAGAGGCUGGAAUCAUUGCCUGCACAGCAGGACUAUCUAGGUUCUUAAAACUUGGAUCGCCCAGGCCAGGCGCAGUGGCUCACGCCUGUCAUCCCAGCAGUCUGGGGGGCUGAGGCUGGUGGAUCACUUGAGGCCAAGAGGUUGAGACCAGCCUGACCAACAUGGUGAAACCCCGUCUCUACUAAAAAUACAAAAAUUAGCCAGGCGUGGUGGUGCGCACCUGUAAUCCCAGCUACUUGGAAGGCUGAGGCAGGAGAAUCCCUUGAACGGAGGCGGAGGUUGCAGUGAGCCAAGAUGGUGCCACUGCACUCCAGCCUGUGUAACAGAGUGAGACUCUGUCUCCAAAACAAAACAAAACAAAACCACACACACAGAAAUAAAAAGAAAUAAUAAAAAUAAAUAAAUAAAAAUACUUGGAUCACCCAGAAAGUUAGAGCGUCACAGAGGAGAGGGAGAAUGAAGCCUCUUGUUAUCCUGAUCGCCUAUGAAAAUGACAUUUCUAACUCUUCUCUUGAAGCGCAGUUCUUACUGUCAAAACUGGUCAUACAGGCUUUGGCCUGGAGUCCUGUCUUUGAAACAGUUGAAGUUAGUGUUUUCCUGUAUUCCCCAGCGUUAUAUAGUCUCAUCUUAUCUGCGCCAGCCUUCGCGCUCUGGGAAUUCUGCCUGCUUCCGUCUGACUGACUCUCCCUGGGGUGGAGAGGCAGUGAAGCCUCUUCUGAAGCCCAUCGACGUGGUUCCUCCGAGUGCACAUUACGCAAGUGUGUUUGGAUAGACAGGGAGAUGCCCAGAACGUGGUUUUCCUCCCUCCCCACGGGAGCCACACCUCCUACAUACAUAGUCUGGGUCCCAGAUGUUUGGCCCUUUUCCUCUGCUCUCAGUGGGCUGCUUUUGGCAUGCCCUGGGCUUGGAACGGACCUGCAGGCUGACAGACCUCUGAGACUGCUAGGGCCAGCAAACGUACAUGUUCUUGGGAAACUCCCUUUCCCCUUUUGGUGAGUUUCUACCACCUCAGUCUAAUCGUUUUUUCUGAAGCUGUUUGUUUGACUGAAGCUGAAGUCUUUUAUGGUGUGGCAUAUUAGAUACUUUGGGGUAAAUGUGGUCUUAGGUGCUGGACAAGCAUGGGUAGACAGAGGAAGCUGUUGGAAUGUUGCAUAAUUUGGUCAUCUGUGCCUAAUUAAAUGAGGUUAGAGGUGUGUACACCACAACAAUGCCUGGGAUCUAAAUCUUCAGAUAUUAAUGUUUGAGGCUAUGGAGCCGUUUCCCUGAUUCCCGUACAAGAAAGCAGCCAACAUGGAUGGGCCAAGUGUGGCCAAGAUGACGGAGCCAGAAAUGCUGGCCUUAGAGUAGAGCCUCUGUGUGUGAGACGUAAGAAGGCCAGAGCCCUGCAACCAGAGCCGAGGAGGUGCCAGCGCAGCCACUGCCUUCCAGGGGCCUGGACAGAAAGCUUGCUCUUAUGCUAGACUCAGAAGCACUGAAGAAUGGAGGUUGAAACUUUAGAGGACUAGAAAGGGAUCAUUUGUGCUGUUGCAGCUAUUGCUGAUAGCUAGAGCCAAAGACCAUUAUUUUGCUGAGGCUUGGGUGAGAAAGGGAUGUGAGGAGGUUGAAAAUCCUGAAGAAGAGAAAAAACAUGAGGGAGGUUGAGAAAACUUUUGACACUUUCUGAUCGCCGGUAACUCCUUAGGCUGCACCUGAGUGAUGGUGGUUUUUUUGGAGGCUGCACAGCUGGUCAGACCAUCUCUAGAUGUUCUUUCCACAGUGGUUCACAGGGCGUCGUUCUCCCUUCCUGGAUUAUCUUGACUAUGGGUAGCUAUUUUCAAGAGCUCUUUGCCUUUUUAAUCCUGCUCCAGAUCACUUAUCCAAAAUCUUUCCAAAUCAAUUAUAUUUUGCUGCUUUUCUUUAAUUCCCUAAAAGCCAUAGCUUCUAGAUUUUCUAUCAGCACACAGUCUCACCAGAAGUUGAACCAAUACAGGUAGAAAAAGGAAGCCCCCCAUUAACAUCGGGUUAAUGGUAGAGCCAAUGUUUUUAACUGGUGGUAUUUUUUUAAACUUACCAAUAUAAGUAUUUUUAAAGGUUCUAUUUUUCAAAGUCAUGACAAUGAUUGUUCUUGUUUUCUCUCAUAGAAUAGACUGCCAUGGGAUAAAGAGUGGUCCCUAGCUUCUAUUUUUCCAAGUAAAUAAGUAGAACAUGUUCUUGGGAUUAUACCAUUAAAUGUUAAUUUUCUUGAAGAAGAAAGAUUGUUGUCUGCCAGGAUUUUAUGUUAGCACUCGGAUUGAGGCAGAAAACGGAAGCACCAAGUUUAACACUGGGAUGGCGCGGGUUGUGUUCCUGGAGGUUUGAAGUGGGCCUUCCUGCCUUUUGAGGGGAAAACUGACUGUUUUGAACAUAUCCUGGAUUAGUUGGGUUGUUUUGUAUUGAGGAUCCCUAGAAGACAAGAGAGUCUUGGAAAGGGCUGCUGGCUUCGUCGUGAACGUUCGUCCCAUCACCAGUGUGAGUCCGCGAGGAAGUUUUCCUCAAGUGGGGUUCAGUCUCUAAUUUUCCUGUCUGUUAUUAGUUUGUUCUGAGUUAUUUUGGAUUUUGUUCUUUAGCCAAAUAAAGGCAAUGUGGUUUUACCUCA